UUUUUUUGGCCGCUGUUGAGCCUCUCACCGUUCUCGAUAGACAUAUACACUAUGAUCUCAAAUAAGAUGAUGCAUCGGCAGCAGAACUCUCACUCAUCAUCUAACGACGAAUUCGCGAUGUAUCCAUCGGCCGCGUAUCAUUCCUCGUGUUCGACGCUACUCACGUCGACGUCGUCAUCGUCGUCGAGGUCGUCGUCCGCGAGGUCGUCCUGUCCGUUACUGAUGUCCAUCCUCACGUGGUCGCUGACGUUACUGUUGAUCUCGUCUUGCAUCGACUUGGGCGCGGACGCCGCCAGUCUUAGCGGCCAUCCUCUGGGCAAAAGGUCGUUCUUUGACAUCCAGUGCAAGGGCGUGUACGACAAGAGCAUCUUCGCCCGUCUGGACCGCAUCUGCGAAGACUGCUACAACCUCUUCCGGGAACCGCAAUUGCAUAUGCUUUGCAAGCAAGACUGCUUCAGCACACAAUAUUUCACGAGCUGCAUCCAAGCGCUGCUGCUUGAGGACGAGAAGGAAAGGUUGCAGGAUAUGGUCGAGUACCUAGGUCGCAAGAAGUAAACGGGAUAUGGUCGGAGCAACGACGCGCCGCACCACGAAGGAGACACAUCACUCGGCACACACAUCCUCACACAUAUAUGCAUGCAUACAAGUACACACAUACACAUACAAACAUACACAUGCAGAGACCAAGAAGUAGAUCGAUGUAGAACGCGGUCUGGAAAAAGGACUACAAGAAGAACGAAGAGGUGGACCUCGGCGCAACGAUCGUCGUUGUUCCGCGAAUUUCGAAGAGUCUCGAGUCUUACGAGAUUCAAUUCGAUACCGUUCUUCACCUGAAGAGGGAUGAGUCAGACGUCGCGUUGAAGAACAGUGAACAUGCCGAGCGAACCGCGCGUAUCGAUCUCCGGAUUCCGAAGAAAUCGUCAAGAUCUUUGUCAGAGUCCGGAUAGUUUCAUCUGGAGAUGAUAAACGACCUGGAGAACGGUACGGUAGUACUUACGACGUCUACGAAGUUCAGGAAGAACUCGCGGUGGAAAAUUCACGGAAUUGCCACACCCGGAAUGUGCGAUCAAUGUGAUUCAUCUGCCAACUCGAGACGUGGUUUCGACGUGGUAUCCACGUAAUAUAGCGAGGGAUAUCGCGAACGUCGUUCUGUUCUAACAUCGGCGAGUACUCGCGGUGCGACGAGAGUACGAUUGAGAGAAUUCGCAGGGAAACCGGGAAGAGAGAUGGCGAUCCUCUUCGCGGUGAGUCGCGUUGUUGCUUGACACGACGAAGAACGAAGUUACACAA